UCACGCGCGGAAGAAUGUUCGUCAACCGACAUUCUGAUACCUUGCAACAUGAAGUCCACCUGUUUAACUGGAGUGAUAUUUUGGCUAACUACUUGUUCAACUUAUCAAACAACCAAACACGAAGGAAUAAAUUCAACAUUGGUUGUGUCCAAUGCCAGCGUCUUCCUUCUGGAUCCCAGCUCUGAAACACUGUACCUGGGGGCCAGAGGCUCUAUCCUGGCCCUGCACCCCUCCAACCUCACCUGGAAGUACCCACCGAUUCAGUGGGAGGUCACAGAAAAUGAUACGGAAGCCUGUAUUCAAAAAGGCCAGAAGAAGGAUGACUGUGCUAACUACAUCUGUCUGCUGGAGUUUCUGAAGAAUGGGACUGUCUAUGUCUGUGGCUCCUACGCCUUCGACCCACAGUGUGCUUUCAUGGACCCUGCAACAUUCUCCCUGAUGAAGGAUGGUGACAAAGUGAAGAUGGUACAGGGAAAAGGAAAGUGUCCUUAUAACCCCAGGCAAAGUCACACAGCUGUUACUGCAGAUGGUGUACUGUACACCGCUGCCUGUUACAACUUCAUGUGCACAGAGUUUGACAUCAUCAGGGCAACAGAUCCACCAAAUCAACCAGUGCGCAUAUUCAAGUCUAUGAAAUUGCUCAAUGAUCCCUGGUUUGUGAGCUCUGCCCUGGUCAAGGACAGCCACGGAGAAGAUAAGAUCUACUUUUUUUUCACUGAGAUUGCAGAAGAGUAUAACCCUGAGGUCAGAGUCACACGGGUUGCCAGGGUUUGCAAGAGGGAUAUGGGGGGCUCUAAAAUCCUGCAGAACGAGUGGACCAGUUUCCUGAAGGCUCAGCUGGUGUGUAAGGAUCAGAACAAUGUCCGGAGCUACACCAUCCUGUCCCACGUCUACCCCCUGGAACACCGCGUCGGAGACCCCAGCAGCACACACUUCUACGCCCUGUUCACCUCCCACUCGGAAGGAGAACGUGUGUCAGCGGUGUGUGUGUACAGCCUGGCUGACAUCAGUAAACUGUUUGCAACUGGAGACUUCAGGGAAAUGCCGACGGGGUCCUCUGUGCCGAGCCCCCGACCUGGACAGUGUGAAUAUGAUAACCAGACAGCCUGGGACUCUCUCCAUGUGCCUGACAAGGUGCUACAGUUCAUCAAGGAACACCCGCUAAUGAGUCAAACUGUGGACACAGUGCCCCUUCUGGUGAGGUGGGGAAUCACAUACACCAGGAUCACAGCUGCCAACAUGUCCAACAGUGACGCCGCUGUGCUAUACCUGGGCACGGAUCAGGGGGAGUUGCACAGCAUUUCUGUUGUCGGUCGUAACGUCACUCUGCUAAAUGAGAUCGCCAUCACAAACUUGGUGGAGCCCAUCAACAACAUCCUAAUACACCAGGGCCAUGCUUUGGUGGGCUCCCCCUCUGCUCUGUCCCGUGUCCUGGUGGAUGGGUGCGCCGUGUAUCCCACCUGUGAGGUGUGUGCCCAGGCACAGGGCCUAGGCUGCAAAUGGGACGCCAAGGAAAGAGCGUGUGUGGCGAAGUCUACACAAUCUCCAGUACAAAAUAAAUCAGAGGACCCUUUGAAGGCAUGUGGCACUGGAGAGGGGCGUUGUUCCCCUUUGGUGAAGGAGCUGCAUGUGAGAGCGGGAUUGUUGGUCGUCCUGCCUUGCAUCAACCUCUCCCCUCUCCCCUGUGUCUGGGAGCACCCCCAGGGCCGCCACACCCCGCUGCUGCACUCCUUCCUGAUGGUCACUGUCUCCAGAGACAACGAGGGUCUAUACUCCUGUCGCUGCCCAGCCCAGAGGAAUGGUUUCUUGGACAGCGAGCCCUGCCUCACAGCCUCCUACCUGCUGACCAUGGAGGAGCCUAAUAUCAAUUACAGGGUGCAACCUAUGAUGGAGACACAGCCAGCGGGGUUGUUAGUGGUCUGUGUCCUGCUGGGGGCGCUGUUGGGAGCUUUAGUUGCCACUGUAUUUCUGAAAAGGCGAAGCUGGCGAACACAACACACCACAUUGGCGGACAGAAACGGAAGUGGAACCAAUCAGGGUCAGCGGGAACGAGGCUUUGAGAAUGAGCUGGUGAUGACUGAUGCACCUCUGGGCUAAUCUGGACUGCGAUUUCUUUGGAGAGAGACUUGGAGAGCGACUUGUAUGAUCUAAAUGUGUCCUAUUUGACAUGGGAUGUGACUGUAAAAAAAGUAUAUUUUUAUAUUGCACCAUUUUGUAAUGUUAAAAGUGUCAUAGAAAAUUAUUUUUCAAUAUAGGACUUUUUUUUAUGUCAACUUUAUUUUCCAUUUAGGUGCAGUAAGUAUUCAUUCAAUAAGUAGUUUCCAGUAUCAUAUGAUUUAAUAAUACAAUAUACUUAAGCAGCCAAGUCUAAUACUUUAGGCAGCUGAGGGCUGCUUGACGGUGCUUGUUAAUGGACGUGCACACUUGAGUUGUUACUUAGUUCAUUGUCCACACAUAAGUUAGUAUGCUUGGAUUGUAGUUUAUUUUACCGUGACUGGUUUUCAUUUCCCAUUAUGCAAGAGUCCAUCAACAGUCAAUAAAUCCAUAGUUCACCAAUACAUUUUUUCUUCCUGCACAGCAUGGCAUGACAUAACUUAGCGUAGCAUAGUGUAGCGGUCAAAAAACUGUGUGCACUUUCCCUCAAGCAACACCUAUCGUCUGAAGGAAGGUUCCUACCUAAAUUCAAUUACCAAAUACCCAAAAAGAGCCCCCUAGUGGACACACUUGAUAAGAGUUUAGGCAAAGACAAAAAAAUGGCUCUUACAUACCGGCC